GAUCCGUCCUGCGAUCGCCAGUAGACGAUGACCACUCGGUGGAGUCGCAUCGUUCCUCGUUGAUCUCGCACGUGAAUCGCUCACUCGCUCGUUCGUUCGUCCGUCCGUCCGCUCUCACGAAACAGACAUGCGGUACCAAACGUCGUCGUCGUCGACGUCGAUCGUCCUAGUCCUGCUGGUCGCCUCGUUCUUCUGGCAAGCCUCUUCCUUGCACUCGGACGCGGGCUCGUGGUUUCAAUCUACCAAGGGCGAAAUCUGGCCUAUGCCGAACUCGCGAGUGCUCAAGGAGGACUUCUACCUGCUGCGGCCGUCCAACUUCGAUAUUCGAGUAAACAGCGAGACAUGCGAUAUAGUGACCGAGGCGAUAGAACGGUAUACGAGAAUCAUCUUGACGGAAGCCAGAAUAGCGAGGCUGGUCACGGAAGGGCAGCCAAGAACAUCCGUACGAGACGAUCCUCACUUCAGAGGCACUCUUGAGGCCCUGAGCAUCCGCCUUCUGCAGCCUUGCGAGCAGAAUGGCGAUCAUUGGCCACACUUGUACAUGAACGAAUCUUAUAUGCUCGAAAUAAACGAGACGUCGCCGGUCGCCAUUCUCUGGGCCGAGGCUGUCUGGGGAAUCCUACGAGGACUCGAGACCUUCUCGCAGGUGCUGGCUCCGUCCGGCGACGGUCCCACUUUGAAAGUGAAGUGCCAGACCAUCGUGGACCAGCCGAAAUUGCCGCACCGGGGUCUCCUGCUGGACACCUCUCGGCAUUACCUGCCCCUAUCCGACAUUCUGUUGACACUAGACGCGAUGUCGUACAACAAGCUCAAUGUUCUGCACUGGCACAUCGUCGACGACAAUAGUUUCCCGUACGAAAGCACCAGGUAUCCUGACCUAUCUGCCAAGGGCGCUUAUCAUCCCUUGAUGAUCUACACACCUAACGACGUGCAGAAAGUUGUCAAUUAUGCAAGACUACGUGGGAUCCGAGUGAUGCCCGAGUUCGACACACCUGGACACACUAGAUCGUGGGGCCUGGCCUAUCCGGAAUUACUGACUGCAUGUUACGACUCCGGCAAGCCAAACGGUAAACUGGGCCCGAUGAACCCGACGAAGCCAGCACUGUACGAAUUCGUGCGCAACUUGUUCUCCGAAAUCGUGCAAGUGUUCCCCGAUCAAUAUAUCCAUCUAGGCGGUGACGAAGUGCCCUUCGAGUGCUGGGCCAGCAAUCCGGAAAUUAUCGCGUACAUGAGGGAGCAUAACAUGUCCAGAUACGAGUCCCUGGAGAACGAGUACAUAGCGAAAGUGCUGGCGAUUAGCAAGCAGUUGGAUGCCAACACCAUCGUCUGGCAAGAGGUCUUCGACAACGGCGUCAAACUGCCCACGACCACCGUGGUCCACGUUUGGAAAUUACCACAGUGGCAGAAGGAGCUGGAGAGAGCGAUCAUGGCCGACCACCCUGUCUUGUUGUCCUCUUGUUGGUACCUGGACCACAUCGCCGGCGGCGGCGACUGGACCAAGUUCUACGAUUGUGAUCCUUUCAACUUCGAUAUCACGCCCAAUCGCACGCAUCUCAUGCUCGGCGGCGAGACUUGCAUGUGGGCGGAAUUCGUGGACAAGAACAACGUGCACCCCCGAAUUUGGCCGCGUGCAAGCGCAGCGGCCGAGCGUUUAUGGAGCCUCAACAAGCAGGACAACAACGUGGCGGCCCAGCGUCUGGAGGAGCACGCCUGUCGUAUGAACAGACGCGGUAUACCCGCGCAACCAGCAAAUGGACCGGGAUUCUGCGUGACGUAACGUGCACCCGUCAGUUGACACUAAUCUCCCGUUUAACCCUUGUAUUACGCCCGCGUACGCUAAAGAGAAACACAAGCCGUCACUCCGCACUCAUUCACCGCUGUCGCAUCGAUGUUUGUCACAAUAAAUACAGUUUGAACAACGAGAA